UUUGUCGAUUCUUUAGAGCCAAUCACAUUCAAUUGCUAAGUGGUUUGGAGUUUGGAGUUUGUUCUAUUGAAAUUCUCAUCCCUAGUUGGCCUCGCUUCUCAUUCAUUCAGAGCAUCGAUACGGGUGGGUUUGCACCUAACCUCGUAUACAUGAUAACGCUGAUAAUCAAAUAUGAAUCGCGUAGAUUUAAAAAUUGUGUUGUUGGGUAACGCGACGGUGGGAAAAACAAGUCUUAUGGAACGAUACAUACAUGACUCGUUUAACGGCAACAGACCCUAUCAAAACUCUAUGGCAUUAUGGAAAGAAAAUUAUAGAGUAAUAUUAACAUUUACACUGAGAAUCGUCUAAAUGGAAGGGAGGGCAUCAUACAAAUUAAUGCAGUUGAAAUUAUGCCGCAGACAAUAGGCACUGUGUUUGCAGCGAAGCAAGUACAAGCGAAUGGAGUGUCUCUUGUUAUGGGAAUAUGGGAUACUGCGGGCAGUGAAAAAUAUGAUGCAAUGACUAGGACAUAUUAUCGUGGUGCAAAGGCUGCUAUAGUGUGUUAUGACAUUACUAAGUUGAGUACAUUCCAAAGAGCGAAGCAUUGGGUGAGAGAACUCAGAGACGUCGAGGAACAUUGUAAAGUAUAUCUUUGUGCUACUAAAAAAGAUUUAUGUGAUGAAGGUUUUGUAUCAGAUGAUCCAGAUUUGCAGAAUACUGUAGAAAGAUAUGCAAAAGGCACGCAGACCAAACUUUUUAUAACAUCUAGUAAGACAGGAGAGAAUGUAGACGAAUUGUUCCACGAAAUUGUACAGGAUUUUGUAUCCAAUCCAGAAAAUUUGCAACAAGUGGAAGAAGCAAUUGUUUUAACCAGAAAAUCUGAGAAAAGCUAUUGUUGUACACUGAUCUAAUAAGAUCAUUGAUAUUGA